UCUCGGUGGCGCACGUAUCCUGCAGAGCAACAGAGUGCUGUAUUCCCCCGCCCACGUAUUAUUCGGCGUAUAAGCACGUUUGUAAUCAAACAAACGAGACCAGGAGAUUCAUAGCAAGGUGGUAACAUCAUCACCAUCAUCUUUACCGUAAUCACCGUUGAUAGAAUGCGUGCGUUAUACCAGGGCGGCUCUCCAUCAGCCGUCGAUUAACGAAGGGAAAGGCAACUGGAAUUUUUAUUUCACUGACAAUCAUGAUACUGACUGGAUCAGACCAUUUUCUUGCGGGACCGGUGGGAUUGACAGCCUUUCUUGGAACAGUCGCUGGAUUCGUUACUCUACUUCUGGUUUUAUUCCUCUACCUGUCGAAAAAAUGGACAUUAACACCUGUGCCACAGACAACCCUCUUCGGGGGUAUAUGUGUUCCAUUGAAUGAACCAGCUGAGUGUAAUGGCACACCAGUUGCCAAGGGUCUGGGCAAAGUACUGGCGUAUGCUGAUCCGGAGACAAGUUCAGACUCGGAGGAGGAUGCUCUCCGAAGGCUUCAAUCUUCUCAGACUUCUCACAUUCCACUACCAGACACGUUGACUAUUCAGACGGGGGACUCUCCCAUAGUCGUCGAUACAGCCAAUUCAUGCAGCACUUGUCCUGAUGAGCACACAGCUGAUCAGCAUGAGUGUGUCGUUGAUGUUGGAUCUCCAAGCAUGAUAUUGGAGAGUCGAGGAUGUGUGGAAGAGGAGGAAGAGGUGGGGAUUAUCGAGGAGGUGUGCACCCCAUCAUCGAAUGAACCUCGACAAGCUCUUGUUGGAUCAAUGGACGAGUUUGGUUGUCUGGAAGUGGCUUUUCUGUACGAUGCACCAAUGCGCGAGAUGACAGUACAAGUUCUUCAGGGAAAAAAUUAUCCAGCUGGCAUUGGUGGCAGCCAAGUGAGACUUGUUCUGCUGCCAUCGAAAAAACAAAGACGCAAGACUCGGGUACGUCAGGGCUGUUCACCGCAGUAUAUGGAGAGCUUUUUACUGCCUCGAGUCAAUCCCGAAGAUGUCAAUGCAAUGGGAGUGAGACUGAGGGUUUAUCAGUGGAGUGGAAGAAUGCGACGGGAGAGACUGCUGGGGGAAGCACGUGUUUGCUUCGAUCAGAUAAAUCUCCAAUUGGAGACAAUACUCUGUCUACCAUUACAACCACCACCGCGCUCAUCUGUUCAUGACUGGGGUACAACGACGAGUUUAACUCGAAGUGAUUCAACAGGCUCUCAACAAUCAGUACAAUCGUAUGCAUCACCAACAACACCUCCAUAUGGGAGCAGUAUGAAAGGGGGGAGUAUUGCUGAGAUACUCAUUGGUCUUGCUUAUAAUGGUACUACUGGACGUUUGUCCGUGGAGAUAAUAAAGGGAUCACAUUUUCGAGGCGGUGGUGGCAGUGAUACCAAACCACCUGACACCUAUGUCAAGCUCACGCUCGUCGACAGUAAUGGACAUGAAAUGGGGAGAUCCAAGACAGGACUCAGACGUGCACAACCUAAUCCACUCUACAAGGAAACAUUCAUCUUUCAGGUUGCUCUGUUUCAGCUGGGGGAUGUUACACUGUUUAUUUGUGUCUACAAUCGACGACGCUCAGCGAUGGGCAAAAAGGGACGUGAAAUGAUCGGCUGGUUGUGUCUAGGACUCAAUAGCUCAGGACCAGAGGAACUUCAACACUGGAAUGACAUGCGUUCAGCACGUUCACCUACACAAUUGCAGCGUUGGCACUCACUUCUACGACCGUAAGUUUUGAAUUUUCUUUUGAUCUUGCAAAUUGUUUUUGGAAAUCGUUGGUCUUCAGUGCUUGAAGAAAAUUAAUUGAGUGGAGAGCACAGUUGGGACGGUGCUCGGGGCUUCUCUCCCUUCUAAUGAGGAGGGAGUAUUGAGGUCAAUCAAUUUCUAUCAAUUGUUUAACUAAAAAACAUUUUGAUGGUAAGACACCAUGUGUUUUUCAUUUGCGAUAAGUAAACAGGUGAGAAAUAAAAUAUUGAAACACUUUAGGGCAUAAAGUGUGCCAAUUUUUUCCCGUCCUAAAGUUUAGGCGGUGGUGAGUUUCUCGUUUUUAUCGAUUUGUCGUCAAGUUGUAAUUCUUGUCAAUGGUGAAAAUCGAUUCACCGGUGACCUUAAUUCGUCAUUAUUGUUACGGUGAAAAAAAAGCAACCUAAACAUGUGUAAAGAAUGCAAAAACAUAAAAUGUCGAUAGUAAAGAAAAUCCAUGGCACGCCGAUUUCUUAUAUCCCAUUCGUGCCUGAAAAAAAAUACAAAAGAGAACAAAAAGCGACAUAAAAACGUCACCUUUGAUCUUCAUUUUUACGUUUUGUGCCUUUUCAACGCUCCUCAACGCUUGUCCGUUUGUUAUUAUAUACUCGAAUCAACGUCAAAGAGAAAAAAACCGAAAUUGUAUCCGGUAUUAGUCCGGUAUUUUGACAUUGAUUUCUUAGAAUUUAUCCAAUGACAUGUAGCAAAAUGGAUAGUUUUUCCUCUUGUCGUUAAAAUUGCAAAAUAUUACGUCAUUAUUUAUUGUUUUACCUCACACUUGUAUUAUUUUUCCUCGACUUAUUACAGUAUUAACAGCACAAAGAAUGAAAAUGACUAAUACACUCGUGAUUUUGCUUAACAAUAUAUUAAGUUAUUAUUAACAUCGAUUUUUCGGUAAAUAAUUUUCUCUACUGCAAAUGACUAUCUGUUUUGGAUAAUAUCAUUACCUAAAAGAACUGCUUACAUAGAUUUUUUUCCUCAUAACGCAACUUUUACGCCGAUUGACGUAAAAAAAGAAUUUUUAUUCAUAUGAAUCGUUUUACAACUACUUGAGAAGAAAUAAAGAAUCACGCACGUUACGCUUUGGUGUUUAAUACGACGCAAAACUCAUAUAAAGUACAUUAUAAUGGCAAAUUGUGAUUUUAAUAUUAAUAAUAUUUGGCUGAAGGGAUUACGUUGAACGAUCACUUGAUUUCAACUAUGAAUAUCGAUUAUAGGAGCAGAUUAAUUACUCAAAUUUAGUAAAAAUGUACUUCAUUGAAAUUAAACUUAGUUUAAUGCGACGAAAAUAAGUGGAUGAUUUUGCUGGUCAAAAUUUAACUUGUUUAAUCCAUGAGAUUAAAAGCAAAUUGUUGAAUUUCUAAUUUUUCCAGAUGUAAUAUAUACGUAACAUGAUUAUUUAGGGGGAAUCCCCUGAAACUUGAAAACCGCUGGCGAGAGCUAUAGAGUGAUAUCAUUUGAUGCUCUAAAGAGCAUUAAAAAUAGAAAUAUAGUUUUACCGUGAAAGAUGGGGUAAAACGAAUUGAAUCCUGCAUGAUUGCCAUUUUUUAGAUGUUCGAUAGAUCGAUUGAGCCGCUGUAGAGGUUGACAAAUUGCGAAGGAUUCCCCCUUUAAAGACGAUACUCUCUUUACUAAAUAUUAAUUCUGUCAUUCCCCGCGAAAUGGCCAUUAAUAGACGAAUAAUAAAGUUACAAGGACUCAGAAACAUAUUAAAAUCGUAAUAAAAAUUAAUCGGGAUGGGGGGAGAAUUUAAUGGAUUGAAUCACUUAGAUUGAAUAAUUUUCCAAUUCCUACAUAAUUGAAACCUACUAUAAUAACAUUUUUAUAAUGACUCAAUAAUAAACAAUGAAUAAUAAAGAGAGGAAUGUUGUGACGAUAUGGACGCAAUAUAUUAGUCAUUUGAUAAUGGCCGAGCAAUAUCAUAAUCCAUAAAUGGGUCCUCGUAAUCUCAAAUUACAUUUUAUGAUAAUUGAGUGACUGAUGCACGUGCAGCAUUCAUGAAAAUGCAAGGAAUAGAAUGACAUUAGAUUCCUUUAUUUCAAUGAACGAGAUGGGACGGAAUUAUCUUCAAAAUAUUAAUGAAUCGAUAAUUAAAUAAUAAAAGUAUUGCAAGACCGAAGGCACUUGAAUGUUGAAAUAAAGACAUUGAAAUGUACAACAAACAAUGAAUUCACUAUCUAAAUUUAUUCGGAUCAUGACAUAAGUGGAUUUUUUUUCAUCGAUCACGUGAAACAAUUGAAUCAUACAUUUAACAAUCAAUAUUUUGAAUCCAUACAAAGUGUUUUUCAUAAGAAAAAGAAGGGAAAAACAACUGCACUCUCUUUUGGUCAAUGAAAUAUAGAGGAUGAAUCGACCAGUGUUUGAACCCUAGAAUGGAACUUUUGUUCUUUUUCUAAUCAAUAUCGUGUUUAUAAACUCAAUAAAACUUUCUUAAAUUGAUGUUUGACGACGUGUAUUCGUUUCAACACUGGACUAUUCACCCUAGUUCAUUGAAAUUUGUACGUCUACUGCACAAAAAUUUAGAACAAAAAAUCUUGACUAAAUGUUACCACAUUACAGUGUAUCGAUUAAUAUUUAUGGCGUUUUGUAAAAAAAAGCAAAAAAAAAUCAAUUGCAUACAGAUCGUACUAAUUAAUAAUCACUUAUUAUAGAAAUAUCCACCUAAGCUGAUGAUAAAGAUGAAAUAUUUAGUAAAUUCAAUACAAUGAAUUUUUAUUCCAAAACCUUCAUGUACAAUGAAUUAAUAAAAAGCUUUAGAGAACAUA